AGAGCGCCGGCCGGGCCGCCCUGGGUGCAGGGAGCGGGGGCCGCGCCGCCUGGAGACCUCGCCGCCCUCCUCCGCGCCCCCAGCCCGCCCGGCGCACUGCGAGCCGGCUGCGUGGAGAAGCGAAUUCUCCUCCGUCCACGAGUGUUAUUGCAUUUCUUUAUUAUCCCUCCCUCCUCCCUCCUCCUCCUCCUCAUCAUCAUCCCCGGCCGCCCCCUCCCCUACGCCUGCCUCGCCUCUGGUUGCAUGGCAGCGCUGCCCGGGCGCGGGGGCUCACGGCCGGCCCCCCGGGAAGGAGGAGGAGGAGGUGGAGGAUCAUGAAGCCGGGAGUCGCGGCCGCCGCGCCGGACGACGGCGAACAGCAGCCAGAGGACGAGCCCGAGCAGCCCCCGCCCCGGAGACACCCGGACGCGCCGACGAGGAGUCGCUGCUGCCGCCGCCACCGCCGCCGUCGCCUCCACUUCAGCUUCGGGGGCCGCGGGCAGACCCCCGGCCAGAGGAGAAGGGCAGCGUCGGUCCAGAGCAGGGAGCCGAGGACAAGGCGAGGCCAGCCACCCGCCCGGACCGGCCCUUCCCGCGACCCUCGGAGCCCCUAGCCCGAAGAGACCUUUGAUGGAGCCACGGGGAGGGGACCGCGGAUUUACAGACUGCAGCAGGGGUGGUCUGGGGGCUGAGACCAUGUAACUACUCCUUCCUUCCGUCCCCUCCCACGCCCCUCUUCUCUGCCCCUUUUCUCUGCUCCGCUGCCUUCAGCCACCCUCCCCGACCCCCGCACCCUUCCUUUGACCAGGAUCUUAAUGCUCAGGAAAGAGGCGAUUCUGCAAGGGUUAAAGGAUCUUUUCUCUCCCCUCCCCUCACUUUCUUUUCUCCUCCCCAAUCCCUUAUUUUUCCACCUCACUUCUCCUAAUUGGCUUCUUCCCCUCACUUCCUUGUGGCUCUUUGGCUGCAGAGGCAAAGCACAAGACCCUUGCCCGGUUUCACCUGCAGUCCCUGCCCCCACCCUCAGCUCUCUUCAAAACCACGGUGCUGCUGGGGGGUUCAUUGCCCCAGUUUUUCCUGCCCAGGAGAAUCGAAACUUCUCCCAGACUUCUCCUCCCCAGCUGCCUCCCACCUCCAUCCCCAGUCUCCUUUGAUCCGAGGAAAACUACCUUCUCCCGCUUGCACAAGCAACCUCAGUUCUUGACUGAGCUAGUUGGCCGAAACCCAGCUCCAUCUCCUCCAAAUUUAAUUUCUAAUGUUCUCCACCUUUCCCCCACCCCUUUCACUAUCUAAGAGAUUUCCCACGGCUGAGGGACUGGAGAAAACUCAAUAACCCUCUCCUGGGGAACUUUCUAACAAUUAGAUUUUUAUCUGAAGGCCCCAGAAGAGCCCAUCCUCAACUUUUUUUUUUUUAUCAUUUGUCUCCCUCUGCCCCUGAACGGGACCCAUAGCUAAAAGGCAGAAAGUAGACACCCUGUGUGAAGUCUGAAGCUGAGGUAGGGGUGCAGGGAGACAAGAAAACAUUUUGGUGGGGGUCAGCUUACCAGGUAAACUUCAGAAUCAGUGACUCAGUUCUCGGUCCCGGGGUCAUCUGUUGGCUACUUGGAAGGCCAUAAGAAGAAGCCAGUGAGAAAGCAAACUCCCUCCCCCACACCUCCCAUUUGGAUUUGCCGUGGACCUCCCCAGCCGUCCUAUCUUCCUCAGCGAAGACUCCAGCUGCCCCUCCCGGGCUCUCUGCUUCGACUGGGCACAUGCUGAUGCCCCUGAGUGGGCUGCUCUGGUGGUGCUGCUGCUGUGCCUGGUGCUGCUGUGGACUGCGUGCCCCAGCUCCCCAGAUGUUGCGCCACCAAGGUCUCCUCAAGUGCCGCUGCCGCAUGCUCUUCAAUGACCUGAAGGUUUUCCUAUUGCGGCGCCCCCCUCCUCCAGCGCCCCUGCCCAUGCACGGCGACCCCCAGCCCCCCGGUUUGGCGGCCAACAACAACACCCUUCCGGCUCUGGGCGCCGGGGGGUGGGCAGGCUGGAGGGGUCCUCGAGAAGGAACAGGCAGAGAGACCCCUCCUCUGCCCCCUCCAUCACUUCUGCCACCUUCUUCUCUGGAAGAUGACUGGGGUGGCCCAGCCACAGAGCCACCUGCCUUGCUGCUCAGCAGUGCCUCCUCAGAUGACUUCUGUAAGGGGAAGGCUGAGGAUCGCUACUCACUGGGCAGCAGCCUGGACAGUGGCAUGAGGACCCCGCUCUGCCGCAUCUGCUUCCAGGGGCCAGAACAGGGGGAGCUGCUGAGCCCGUGCCGGUGUGACGGCUCAGUCAAGUGCACGCACCAGCCCUGCCUCAUCAAGUGGAUCAGCGAGAGGGGCUGCUGGAGCUGCGAACUCUGCUACUACAAGUACCACGUCAUCGCCAUAAGCACAAAGAAUCCUCUGCAGUGGCAGGCCAUCUCUCUGACAGUCAUUGAGAAAGUACAGAUUGCCGCUGCCAUUUUGGGUUCCCUCUUCCUCAUCGCCAGUAUCUCGUGGCUCAUCUGGUCAACCUUCAGUCCCUCCGCAAAGUGGCAGCGCCAAGACCUCCUGUUCCAGAUCUGCUACGGGAUGUAUGGAUUCAUGGACGUGGUGUGCAUAGGGCUCAUCAUCCACGAGGGCCCCUCCGUGUACCGCAUCUUUAAGCGGUGGCAGGCUGUCAACCAGCAGUGGAAAGUGUUGAACUAUGACAAGACAAAAGACUUGGAGGAACAGAAGGCGGGAGGCAGGACCAACCCCCGGACCUCCUCUUCCACCCAGGCCAAUGGCCCCUCCUCUGAAGAGGAGGCCACGGGCACCCCUGCUCCCCCUGAGGACGGUCCUGCCCGGGCUGCCAGCCACCCCGCAGGCCCUCUGCCCGAUCACCACUGUGCUUACACCAUCCUGCACAUCUUGAGCCACCUCAGACCUCACGAGCAGCGGAAUCCGCAGGGCGGCAGCCGGGAGCUCGUCAUGAGGGUCACGACUGUGUGAGAGAGAGACCCCCCACCAGGAAUCCCAUGACUACAAGACGGGGAGCUGGUUCAGGCCGGCCCCGAGCUCCAGACAUGCCUGCUUGGGGAACAGGAGUGUGUGUGUGUGUGUGUGUGUGUGUGUGUGUGAGAUGGGGGGGCAAGGCGGCACUUGGGG